AUGAUCUGUACGGCGAUUGCUGCGUUGAACGAACCAGAUGGUUCAAGCAAACAAGCAAUUUCUAGGUAUAUCGAGAGAAUUUACACUGGGAUACCUCCUGCUCAUAAUGCUUUGUUAAGUCAUCAUCUCAAGAGUUUGAAGAACAAUGGUAUACUUAUGAUGGUGAGGAAGUCUUACAAAUUCGCAGCUACUCCGCCUCCAACUAGCGUAGCUCUUGCAUCUGCAGCUACAGCUACUGCUCUUGAACCUCCCAGAUCUGAUUUCCUAGUCAACGAGAACCAACCUUUACCUGAUCCGGUCGCUUCUUCUACUCCUCUGACUCAGAAACGUGGUCGUGGUCGACCUCCAAAACCCAAACCCGAUGUUGUUGUUCAGACUAACGGAAAACCCACCUGGGAACAAAACGAAUUGCCUAGACCACCGGGUCGGCCUAGGAAAGAUGGAGCUUUACCGACAGUGAAGGCUUCUGUUCCCGGUGGUGUGGAUUCUGUUUCCGGUGGUGGGGAAACUGUGAAACGAAGAGGUAGACCUCCGAGUGGAAGAGCUGCAGGGAGAGAGAGGAAGCCUACGGUAGUCUCAGCUCCGGUUUCGGUUAUUCCGUAUGUUGCUAAUGGUGGUGUUAGACGUAGAGGGAGACCAAAGAGAGUUGAUGCAGAGAGUGGAGGAGAAGUGGUUGCAGUUGUGAAGAGGCGAGGACGAGGAAGGCCUCCUAAGAUUGGUGGUAUUAUCAGGAAACCUAUGAAGCCUAAGAGAAGCUUUUCUCGUACUGGAAAACCUUUAGGAAGACCCAGAAAGAGUCCUGUGUUGAGACAACAAGAUGGUGGCUAUGUUGAACUCAAGAAGAAGUUUGAGUUGUUUCAAGCGAGAGCUAAGGAUAUUGUUGUUGUGUUGAAAGCCGAGAUAGGAGGAACUGAAAACCAAGCCGUGGUUCGAGCCAUACAGUCACUGGAAGAGCUAACAGUAGAGGAGCCACAACGCCCACAACACAUGGUAGAAGAAGUGCAGGCAGACGAUGAACACCCUGAAACCGGACCCGAACCAGAGGGACAAGGAGGACAACAAGGACAAGCGCAAACAGAAGCAGAGGCUAUGCAAGAAGCUCUGUUCUAA